AUGUCAUUUGAAUCAUUUUUGACUAAAGAACAUUUUCAAGGAUAUGAAGAUCCUAAAAAAUUCAAAGAAUAUGAACCAAAAUUGGAGGCUUAUAGAAAAGAUUUAGAAGAUAAUAUAUUAGAUGAAUACAAGAUAGACCUACCAAAAUCAAGAGAUGAAUUAAUUAAAGAACAAUUCAAUCCAGUUGAAUAUUUAUAUUCUCAAAAAUUGUUAACACCUGAAGAAUUUGAAAUCACUGAUACUCCAGCUUUUCAAAUAGUUAAAAACAUAUCAGAUAAAAAAUGGACAGCAGUACAAGUAUUUAAAGCUUUUGCUCAUAGAGGUACUAUUGCUCAUCAAUUUACAAAUUGUGCAUUCCAAUUAUUCCCAAAAGAAGGUUUAGAAAGAGCAAAACAAUUGGAUGAAUAUCAAGCCAAGAAUGGUAAACUUAUUGGUCCAUUACACGGUUUACCAGUAUCAAUUAAAGAACAAGCUAAUUUCAAAGGUAAAGUAACUCAUGGGGGUUAUGUUGGACUCAUUGAUAAUGUAACUGAAAAACAUGGUGCAAGUAACCAAAUUUUAGAAAAUUUAGGUGCUGUGUUUUAUGUAAGAACUUCACAACCACAAACAUUGAUGCAUUUAGAUUCAGGUAAUAACUUUACAGGAUUCACUAAAAAUCCAUUCAAUUUAUUACUAUCAAGUGGUGGUUCAUCUUCAGGUGAAGGUGCUAUAGUUGGAUUUGGUGGUACAUCUUUAGGUGUUGGAUCAGAUAUUGGAGGAUCAGUAAGAGCACCAGCUGCUUAUUCAGGAUGUCACGGAUUUAGACCAUCAACAAGAAGAUUAGGUACAUUAGGUGGUGUUUCAUCAGGAGCUGGACAAGAGUCAGUACCUGCUGUAUAUGGACCAUUUGCAAGAUCUAUGGAUGAUAUUGAAUUAUAUAUGAAAUCUUGUAUAAAUGAUGGUAAACCUUGGGAUUUAGAUGCUUGGGCUAUUUAUGCUCCAUGGAGAGAAGUUCCAUUACCAAAACCAGAAGAUAUAACAAUUGCAGUAAUGAGGGAUGAUGGAUUAGUUAGAGUCUCACCACCUAUUAGACGUGGUAUUGAAGAAACAGUCAAGAAAUUAAAAGAAGCAGGUGUCAGAAUUAUAGAAUUUAGCCCAUUAAAUACAAAAUUAGCUUAUGAAACAGUCAACAAAAUGUAUUCAUGUGAUGGAAAUUAUAUGCAAAAAGAAUUACUUUCAAAAUCAGGGGAGCCAUUACAAAAAUUGACUAAAUGGGCAUUAAACUAUGGUGAUGGUGCAAAAGAAUAUACAUCAACCGAAAAUAGAAAAUUAAAUGUUACUAGAGAUAAUUUAAGAAAUGAAUAUAAUGAUUAUAUGGUUGAAAAUAAAGUUGAUUUUAUAUUAUCACCAACUUAUAAUAAUGUUGCUCCACAUUCUAGUGAAGUUUAUAAUUGGUCAUAUACUGCAUUAUUUAAUAUUUUAGACUUACCUACAUUAGCUUUCCAGACUGGAUUAUUUCAAGAUCCUGAAGUUGAUGUAUGGACUGAAGAUGAUAAGAACUACGAAUACAGAUCAGAUUUAGAAAAAUUGGAAAAUGAAAACUAUAAAGCUGAAGAAUUUAUUGGUGCUCCAAUUGGUUUACAAUUGACUGGUAGAAGAUAUAGAGAUGAAGAAGUUGUUGCCGCUGGUAAAUUAAUUGUAAAUGAUAUUUUGAAAGUAGACUUAUUAAAUCAUUAA